UUCUCGGUCACUUGUGCAGGGCUCCACCAUGGCAGAGCGCAGGGGAAACUGGGACAAGACAGAUGAAGACCUGCCGGUUUAUCUCGCCCGACCCGGCACGGCCGACCAGGUGCCCCGGCAGAAAUACGGCGGCUUGUUUUGCAGCGUCGAGGGCGCAUUUGAGAGUAAAACCAUAGACUUUGAUGCCCUGAGCGUUGGCCAGAGGGGCUCGCGCACCCCGAGGACCGCCAAGCGAGAGACCGGCCAGGAGGCGCACAGCCCGGCGAGUGACAGCAAGCUCUCCCCUGGUGUGGAAAGUCCCGAAGCAAACAGGCGAGGAGGGAAAGGCUCACCUCGGGUUGAGAUCAGAACCGGCUGCGGUAAAGAAGUGUUACAGAACCUGGGAGAUGAAAAGAGCGACAGGCUUCUGAUUAAAGGCGGGAGAAUCGUGAAUGAUGACCAGUCCUUCAAUGCCGAUAUCUACAUGGAGGAUGGCAUCAUUAAGCAGAUCGGCGACAACCUGAUCGUGCCCGGUGGGGUGAAGACCAUCGAGACGGGCGGGAAGAUGGUGAUCCCCGGUGGCAUCGACAUCCACACCCACUUCCAGAUGCCAUACCGUGGAACCACGACCGUGGACGACUUCGCUCAGGGAUCAAAGGCUGCUCUUGCCGGCGGCACGACCAUGAUCGUGGACCACGUGAUCCCAGAUCCCGGCUGCAGCCUGAUGGCGGCCUACGACCUGUGGAGGCAGUGGGCCGAUGGUACGACCUGCUGCGACUACUCCCUCCACGUGGACAUCACCCACUGGAACGACAGCGUGAAGCAGGAGGUGGACAACCUUAUCAAGGAGAAAGGUGUGAACUCCUUCCAGGUUUACAUGGCUUACAAGGACUACUACCAGAUGAGCAACAGCGAGCUUUAUGAAAUCUUUUCCUUCUUGGCGGAGAGGGGAGGCAUCGCUGAGGUCCACGCUGAAAAUGGCGAGAUCAUUGCUGAGGAGCAGGCCCGCAUGCUGCAGAUGGGUAUCACUGGACCAGAGGGACACGUGCUGAGCAGGCCAGAAGAGCUGGAGGCAGAGGCGGUGUUUCGUGCCAUUACCAUCGCCAGCCAAACCAACUGUCCUCUCUACGUGACCCGAGUCAUGAGCAAGAGUGCUGCUGACAUCAUCUCACAGGCCCGGAAAAAAGGAAAUGUUGUGUUUGGGGAGCCAAUCACAGCCAGCCUGGGGACUGAUGGGACACAUUACUGGAGCAAGAAUUGGGCCAAGGCGGCUUCUUUCGUAACAUCACCUCCUCUUAGCCCUGAUCCCACCACUCCAGACUACCUGAACACACUGCUGUCCAGUGGAGACCUGAGUGUGACUGGCAGCGCUCACUGUACCUUCAGCGUGGCCCAGAAGGCCAUUGGCAAGGAUGACUUCACUCAGAUUCCAGAAGGUGUUAACGGAGUGGAGGAGAGGAUGACCGUCAUCUGGGAUAAAGCUGUGACUACAGGUAAAAUGGACGAGAACAUGUUUGUGGCAGUCACCAGCACCAACGCAGCGAAGAUCCUGAACCUGUACCCUCGCAAGGGUCGGAUCGCCGUGGGCUCUGACGCUGACCUGGUCGUCUGGGACACAGACUCCAUCCGCACCAUCACCGCCAAGACACACAACUCUGCUGCCGAGUACAAUGUCUUUGAGGGCAUGGAGCUGCGUGGAGGCCCACACGUGGUGAUUUGCCAGGGGAAGAUUGUUCUGGAGGAUGGGAACCUGCACAUCAUCUCCGGCGCGGGUCGCUUCAUUCCCUGCUCUCCCUUCCCUGACUUUGCCUACAAGCGUAUUAAAGCCAGGAAGCAGCUGGCUGUCCUGAGAGCAGUACCCAGGGGAAUGUACGACGGCCCGGUGUCUGAAUUCUCCAUGUCCCGUGGUGGCACCCCCUCCGCCUCUGCACGUACCUCUCCCACCAAACAGCCUUCCAGAAACCUUCACCAGUCUGGAUUUAGUCUAGCAGGUAACCCUGCCCCAUGUGGUCCCCCCACCCCAGAUGACAUCCCCAUCAGGCCUGCUGGCCGCCGUAUUGUAGUGCCCCCUGGUGGUCGUUCCAACAUCACAUCCCUCAGUUAAACAGCGGAAGAGAAGGGGAGGCGUCCAGAAAACGACAGCAGCCAGAGUGCAGGAUUGAGGGUGGGAGGGAGGGAGGGAGGGAGGAGCAGAUGCAGAGGACCAUGAUUAGUUAAAAGUAAAAAAAAAAAAAAAAAAAAAAAAAAGCAAAACACUGAAUCCUCAUGCCUUACCUGUCACAACGCUACCAUGCUCAGAUGAGAACAGUAUCCCCUUUCCUGGGGAAAUUGAAUACACCAGUGUUUAGCCUCACAAACACAGUGAACACAUGUUUACUCUGUGCUUUGGUAAUGGGAACAUAUGCCAGUCAUACCGUCACGUUCAAUAAAGAACAAACACUGUUCUCAAAGGAAAAUGGAUACUGCUUUUCUCAGAAUGAUGCUAUGGUUAUUUCAUCCUGUUUGGCUUUCAAUGUCACCCCCUUUAGUAGCCUGCUUUCUCCAUAGUCAGUUAAACUCAACACUAGAUCCCACAUUAGCCAUGUAUUAUCAUGCAGUACUAUUGAUUAGCUCUAGGUGGCAUUGUAUAUACGGUAGAUGUAAUGUAGCUUUGUGAAAGAUGUUGUUGCAGCCUGUUAGGGUUUACUGGACCAAGUAAAAGGUAUUUGUUCAAGUCUCAGAGAAGGAGUGCUGUUGGACAUGACAUAGGUGAUGUGAUCCAUGAUCCUUUGCCCCCUCCUCUGAGGUUGCUUGAUGAAUACCAUCCCCAUGAUGUAUUGAUUGAAUAAUUAUUGAUGUUAAAAAAAAAAAGAAGUCAGACACAUCUGCUUAGUGAAAGAUUUUGUGAAGACAAAAGAAUAGAACAAUUACAUUUUUAGAAAGGGUUUUACAAUUCUUUAUCCCCGAAUGGUUUAUGUGAGUGUUCAUUUCCUGCGCUCCGUCAUGGCUGUAGUUAUAAAAAUGAAAAAAAAAUGAAAAGAGAAAUUGUAAGAAACCGUCCUUUGCAUUUGCUUCUAGCUUAUUGGCUGCUCCUGUCAUCCUGUAUUCAUCUUGAGAAGGAGAAUGGAGGAAAAAAGAUUUCAAAACAAAAACAACAACGACCUGAUCACAAGAAGUACGAAUACACACAAGUCUCUUGUAGCUCAUCUGUAACUUUUAAUGAUGAGCUUUGCAAUUGAGGGCAACAAAGAAAACCAGAUGCAAUUAAAUGAAUAAGUAACAAACACCUGCUUUCAGAUAACAGCACUUCACAUCUUGCUUUACUUUUUCAUUCCUGACAAACUGGGCUCUCAUUUUAAGAAAAGAGGCAGACCAUCAUUCCCUUGUCAUCCCAACAAAGCCCUCUGAUGCAAUCCUGACCGAUACUAAUUCAACACCAGCCUAAAUUAUAACUAGGGCUCAAGUUAGUUGACCUGAAACACUCUGGAUCUGAUGCUGUUGGGGGGGCCUUAGAGCUCUUUAUGUCUCUGCUGUUUUCUGAGAAGGCAGAGGAUUGUGGUGCAGUAAGGGACACUUUUAUUUUGUCGCUGUCCCACUGUGGGGGAGGGAGGGAGGGAGGGAGGGAGAUGGCGUUUUUAUUUGGCAGUGGUGGGGCAGACACAGGUGGUAGUUUGUUGUAUUUAUGUUAGUUUGACAACCUUUGUUAUUGUUUUUAUGUUGUUUCUUUUUUACUGUUUUAUCAAAACCCAGAGAUUGCAGGUAAAAAAAAAAAGGUGUGCUGUGGAGGUAUGAUUUGUUUCCUGAAUAAACAUGAGUUGCAACUGAU